AUGGUCAAGGUUACUGUUUGCGGUGCUGCCGGAGGAAUUGGUCAGCCAUUGUCGCUCCUUUUGAAGCUCAAUCCCCAGGUGACUGAAUUGUCCCUUUUCGACGUUGUCAACGUUCCUGGUGUGGGCGCUGACUUGUCUCACAUCAACACGGAUGCUGCUACCAAGGCGUUCUUGCCUUCUUCGAAGGAGGACAAGACUGCGUUGGCUGAGUCUCUCAAGGGCGCUGAUCUCGUCAUCAUCCCUGCUGGUGUGCCCAGAAAGCCCGGUAUGACCAGAGACGACUUGUUCAACAUCAACGCCUCUAUUGUGAAGGGCUUGGCCGAAGGUAUUGCUGAGAAUGCUCCAAAGGCAUUUGUGUUGAUCAUCUCUAACCCAGUCAACUCCACCGUACCAAUUGUCGCCGAGACUUUGAAGGCUAAGGGCGUGUUUGACCCUGCCCGUCUUUUUGGUGUCACCACCUUGGACAUUGUGCGUGCCAACACCUUUAUUUCUCAGCUCUACCCCUCUGAGACCAAGCCUACUGACUUUGAGAUCAGAGUUGUCGGUGGCCACUCCGGUGAGACCAUUGUGCCUUUGUACUCUUUGGGCGCCAAGGCUCACUUUGACAAGUUGUCUGCUGAGCAGAAGAAGGAAUUGAUCCACCGUGUGCAGUUUGGUGGUGACGAGGUUGUCAAGGCAAAGGAUGGUGCGGGCUCUGCCACUUUGUCUAUGGCCUACGCUGGAUACCGUUUGGCCGAGUCUCUUUUGAAGGCUGCCGCUGGUGAGGAUGUCACUGAGUGUACUUUCUUGUACUUGGAUUCCUCCAUCAAGGGCGCAUCCGAGGCUAAGAAGUUGGUCAACAACUUGGACUUCUUCUCUCUCCCAGUCAAGUUGAGCAAGAACGGUAUUGCCGCCGUGGAGUACGAUGUGUUGGAGAGGGCCUCUGCCGACGAGAAGAAGUUGUUGGAAGUUGCCAUUGACCAGUUGUCCAAGAACAUUGAGAAAGGUGUCGCUUUUGCCACCAAAUAA